AUAAGUACAAUGGAUACUUGGGAUUUUUAGUAAAGUCGCGUAGUAGCUGUUGCCCAAAAGCAUUGUACUUUCGAAAGAUUUGUUACAAAUUGGCAUUAAAAGAAUUCUAACAGGACAAAAAUAGAAUCAAAUUAAGCAUACGAGUAUAUCCGAAAAAUUUUAAAGUGAAUUCGAACGUGCGAAAAUUGUAAAAAAAAAUGAGCAUGGAGCAAAUUUUAGACCCGGCUUUGGUGUACGCCAUGUACAAACUCUACUGUUAUUUUUCAACAUUGUUGUGGUUUCUAUAAGUCGCCUAAACAUUUCGGUUGCUGUGGUCGCGAUGACAAACGCCGRAAGCACGAAUCCUAAUUUUCAGGAAUUCGAUUGGACGGAAGAACAAAAAUCUUAUAUAAUUUCCAGCUUCUACUGGGGUUACGUGGUCACACAGUUUCCCGGUGGCUAUUUGAGUCGWCGUUUCGGUGCGAAAAUUGUGAUGAGCAUAGGUGUCUUCGCUUCGUCUAUAUGCAGUUUGGUCACACCAUAUCUGGUGUGUUGGGGUGGCUGGCAAAURUUAUGUGUUAUACGUAUUCUGCAGGGUCUCUGCCAGGCAGCACUCUUUCCCUCCAUACAUGAGCAYAUUGCGAAAUGGUCUCCGCCACGYGAGCGYAACUUGCUGGGCGCAAUCAUAUAUUCGGGUGUCGAUUGUGGUAUGGUGUUGGCAAUGCUUGUGAGUGGCUUGAUUGCGGGUAGCGCGYUUGGCUGGCCGGGUAUUUCGUAUAUUUCAGCUGGCGCUGGUUUUCUCUGGUGUUUAUUUUGGCAGAUUUUCGCAGCGAAUAAUCCGCAAACAUCGCGCUUUAUUAUGAAAGCAGAGUGCGAGUACAUUGAGACUUCUAUGCGMCGUGAGAAAGACUUCCAUGAACGGAAAAUACCUGUACCAUGGUUGGCAAUGUUCACAUCGGUGCCCUUCUUGGCGUUACUCGUUGUGCGUUGUGCCGAAACCUGGGGCAUMAGCACCGCCCAAUCGCAGAUUCCCUCGUACUUCAAUGGCGUAUAUAAUAUGAAUAUAAAAAGUACUGCAUUGUGCUCAUCACUGCCCUACAUAGCGCGUUGGAUUAUGUCGUACAUGUACUUGUUCUUCGGUAAUAUGGCGGUCGCAAGGAAUUGGCUCUGCUUGACGGUGGUGCGUAAGAUCGCCAAUACAUCGGCCAUGUGGCUGCCUGCGUGUUUUAUGAUCGGUAUAGGAUUCCUURAUGACACCAAUAGAUCUUGGGCUAUUGCUUUGAUGACCAUGAAUGUCGGCUUCAACGGUGGCAUUACCAUGGGUUGUGUGCUCAGCACGAUUGAUGUAUCGCCAAAUCAUGCAGGCGUCGUAAUGGGUAUCGYGAAUACGCUGACUAAUGUGGUGUCUUUGUUAACGCCACUGGUUGUGGGCUUCGUAGUCACCGAUGCG